AUGGCUUCAGCAGCUCGGUUAUUGACUCGCCCAGCUGGGCAUAUGGUCCGGAGGGGCCUCAUCGCCCCCUCUGCUCGGUACUUCUCCGCCUCGCCGCUCAAUCGCGUCCAGGAUGACCCCGUGAUUCCUCCUCCGCCGAAGGAACUCAGAGCGGAAGACUUCCCCCCAAUGCCCGAGUACUCCGUUGAUCUCCUGACCACGGAGCAGCGAUCAAUGUACGAUCUGAUGUCUCCCGAGGAGCGCGCGGCAUUCGACGAAGAGAACACCCGCAUGCGCGCCGCGGCCUUCGAAGAACUUGAGCGGAGCAUUAUGCAGAUUGACAAGGAGGAGGAUCUCCGAUUCGAAGAAAUCCGCCCCCGUCGCGCUGGUUUCUGGGCUGAGGACGAGCCUGAUGAGUUGGUCAACAUACUCGAGGACGGAGAUGAGGAAAUCAAUGAUGACGAAAUCACGUCUCUGGCACACGCAGAGAUGGAAUUGCACCGUGAAAUGAGAGAAUAUGCCCGUCUUACAGCAUGGGACAUGCCAAUGCUGAGCAAGCUCGCUAAACCAUUCACCCUGCCUCCCCCUACCCACAUCCUCCGCUUCCGCUACACUACUUACAUGGGCGAACAGCACCCGGCCGAGCCCAAGGUCGUUAUGGAGCUUGCAUCCCAAGAUCUGACCCCCAAGUACCUCACCGAAGCCCAGCGCCAAACAUUCCUCAAGCUGGCUGGUGUGCGAUACAACCCGCAGACCGAUAUCAUCCGCAUGUCGAGCGAGAAAUUCGGCUCGCGUGCCCAGAACAAGCGCUACCUGACAGAUGUCGUUAACUCGAUGAUCAAGGAGGCCAAGGAAGGUGACUCCUUCGCCGAUAUUCCCCUCGACCUCCGCCACCACAAGUACAAGACCAGACUUCAAUUCCCCGAACACUGGAACAUGACCGAGGCCCGUCGGAAUCAGCUGGAGGCGCGGCGCAAGGAGCGUCUAUCUGCCGAGGAGACGCGAGCUGCCCUUGUGGACGGUAAUACGGUUGUCUCGGAUGCUAUCAAGGCUCUGCCCUCACUCAACCCUGCUCUCCAGGCCAAGGCUGCCGAAGAGCGGGAACGCGUUGCUGUCAAGGUUGGCGCGCGGAAAAAGGUGGCUCGCCGGUAA